CGGAGUGACUGCAGCCUGCUGAGAUCCCACUGCGAGCCAAGCACAGGCAGGCGCACUCGUCCUGCAAACAGCCCACAACGCGGUGAAGCGGGCGUUAGCAGCCCCGCUCUGCAGUGACGGAGGCCGCGCUGCCCGAGGGCACACAGCUAUGUCCAUCAAGCCUGGGACUGGACACAGAAAACGUCCAAGUGGGCGGGGCUGCUGUGCGGGAGACCCCCGGGAGACCAAGCCGUGCCGGUGGGCGGGACAGGAGGUCUGCCUUCCGGUCCCGGCUCCACCUCUGUUUUGCUGGGAGACAGGGUGAAGCCUCGGUGUCCCAGCGAGGGCCUGACGCCCUUGGAGCCCUCCUCCAGGUGGCUGAUACAGAACGUGACAGCUGUGCGUGACUCCUGGCUCCCCCGCGAGGUCCCAACACUCUCCCUGGCAGCUGGGGCCAAAGGACAGUGCCAGCCGCGGGAUAAUGGUUAACCAGGCGGAGGACCCAUGUAUAAGGAGGUCCUGCUCAGGGCCACCUCAGAGAGCCAGGAUUCCACAGGAUGCUCUGGGCCAAGGGGCUGGGGCUGGCGGUGGGGGCCGUGGCCCUCCUGGGGCUGGGGCUCAUCCUGGGCCACUUUGCCAUCCCCAAAGGGGCCAACUCCCAAGCCCCCAGCACCUCAGGCUCCCAGGACCUGGACCUGGAGAUGCUUGCGACCGUCGUGGGGCAGAUGGAGGCCAGCAGGAUCCGGGAGAACCUGCGGGAGCUGUCCCGGGAGCCGCACAUGGCCACGGGCCCCCGGGACGAGACCCUGGUGCAGCUGCUGUUGCAGCGCUGGCGGGACCCGGAGUCAGGCCUGGACGCGGCCGCGACCAACGAGCACGAGGUCCUGCUGUCCUUCCCCAGCUCGGAGCAGCCCAACCUCAUCCGCGUCGUGAGCUCCACUGGCGAUGUCCUGCACACCUAUCACCCGCGGGAGGAGAACGUGACCGGAGAGCAGGCGGGGCCGGACGUGGUGCAGCCCUUCGCCGCCUACGCUCCGCCCGGAACCCCCCAGGGCCCCCUCGUCUUCGCCAACCAGGGCACCGAACAGGACUUCGAGAGGCUGCGGGCUGAGGGCGUCGCACUCGAGGGCACCAUCGCCCUAACUCGCUACGGGGGUGCGGGCCGCGGGGCCAAGGCUGUGAACGGCGCCAGGCACGGGGUGAUCGGGCUGCUGGUGUACACGGAUCCCGCCGACAUCAACGAUGGGCGGAGCUUGCCCAACGAGACCUUCCCCUACUCCUGGGGCCUGCCUCCCUCGGGGGUGGAGCGAGGCUCCUACUUUGAGUAUUUUGGGGACCCCCUGACUCCCUACCUUCCAGCCAAACCCUCUUCCUUCCGCUUGGACCUUGCCAAUGCCUCCGGGUUCCCCCCCAUUCCUUCACAGCCCAUUGGUUUCCAGGACGCCAAAGACCUGCUCUGCAACCUCGGCGGACCCGUGGCCCCCCAGUCCUGGCAGGGAGCUCUGGGCUGCGAGUACAGGUUGGGGCCUGGCUUCCGGUCUGGUGGGAGCUUCCCGGCCGACAGCCAGGUGAACGUGAGCAUCUACAACCGCCUGGAGCUGAGGAACUCCUCCAACGUCCUGGGGAUCAUCCGCGGGGCCGUGGAGCCUGACCGCUACAUCCUGUAUGGGAACCACCGGGACAGCUGGGUCCACGGGGCCGUGGACCCCAGCAGCGGCACCGCCGUCCUCCUCGAGGUCUCCCGUGUCCUGGGGACCCUACUGAAGAAAGGCACCUGGCGCCCCCGCCGGUCCAUCGUGUUUGGGAGCUGGGGCUCAGAGGAGUUCGGGCUCAUUGGCUCCACAGAAUUCACAGAGGAGUUCUUCAGCAAACUGCAGGAGCGCACGGUGGCCUACAUCAACGUGGACAUCUCGGUGUUCGCCAACGCUACCCUCCGGGUGCAGGGCACGCCCCCCAUCCAGAGUGUCGUGUUUUCUGCAACCAGAGAGGUCCAAGCGCCAGGCCUCGGCGACCUCAGCGUCUAUGACAACUGGGUCCGGUACUUCAACCGCAGCAGCCCGGUGUACGGCGUGGUCCCCAGGCUGGGCACCCUGGGUGCCGGCAGCGACUACGCACCCUUCGUUCACUUCCUGGGCAUCUCCUCCAUGGACAUCGCCUACACCUACGACCAGACCAAGACCUCAGCCCGGAUCUACCCCACCUACCACACAGCCUUUGACACCUUCGACUACGUGGAGAAGUUCCUGGACCCCGGCUUCAGCAGCCACCGGGCUGUGGCGCAGACGGUGGGCAACGUGCUACUGCGGCUCAGCGACAGCCUCUUCCUGCCUCUGAACGUCACGGACUACGGCGACACCCUGCGCAGCUUCCUGCAGGCUGCCCAGAGCGACCUCGGGGCCCCGCUGGAGCAGCAGGGCAUCAGCCUGGGGCCCCUGACGACCGCGGUGGAGCAGUUUGAGGCGGCAGCUGCAGCCCUGGACCAGCGGAUCUGGACGGCGCGGCAGGGCAGCCCCGACCCCCUGCAGGUGCGGAUGCUCAAUGACCAGCUGAUGCUCCUGGAGCGGAGCUUCCUGAACCCCAGAGCCUUCCCAGAGGAGCGCUACUACAGCCACGUGCUCUGGGCACCCCGCACCGGCUCCAUAGUCACAUUCCCGGGCCUGGCCAACAGCUUCUCCAGGGCCAGCGGCACGGAGCCUGGAUCUGAAGCUUGGGCCGAAGUGCAGAGGCAGCUCAGCAUCGUGGUGGCGGCGCUGGAGGGUGCGGCUGCCGCCCUGCGGCCCGUGGCCGACCUCUGAGCCCAGCCCUCCUGCCUCGUUCUCCUGGGGUGUGCCAGGAGGGGGCACCACCACGGGCCCCUCUCAAGCUUCUGAGGCAACAGCCUGGGGCCCACCAGUCACAGACACCCGGAGGGUGAUCCCGAAACCUGGGUGGGUUAAGCACAAGGCGCCAACUCAGGUCCCCAAGGCCACGCUCAGGGAAACAGAGCAGGACCUGCGGGCGGGGCCUCAGCUCCCCACCCCCUCCAAAUAAAACACGUCCGGAGCGUGGCC